AUGCACUUCAGUCUUCGCGACGUGGAUUAUACAGGAUCAGCGCUUAUUUCAAUCUCACCCCUGUUCUCCUCCUGUAAGACUUGGGUAGUUCUCAACACGUAUCACGAUUCGCGAACACCGACACCAAUGUGGCACAACCAACCCGCCAAAGGGAGAGCCAAGCUGCUCAAGUGGUCUACUCCGGCCCAAUUCCACUUCAUCACUGAUCGAUACAAUGAUUUCAACAAUACUAUCGGCGACCGAGAUAAGAGGGCGAAAUUCUGGAAGUCCUUACUGAGGGAUUGGUCAUCAGUAUGGGAAUUAGAUCGUAAGAUAGAGCAGAAGCUUAGAAACUAUUACUACAACAUGCGCCGAAAGAAUAUCUACCGAGGAUUACUGCCCAAGUCCGCCCCCAGAGUACGCCGUGGCUCAACUAGCCAGUCAAUGAGUCGAAGCUCCAGCCUCGCCGACAUCAGCCAAGGGGACGACGGGAACAUUGAUGGGCCAAAUACCAAGCCAGAGGUACUGGGUGCAACUCAAGCCAUGUCGCCCUCCACCACCCACUCCCAGCAACCUUCCAUUCAUGCCACACCGAUAUACGCAUCGAACAGCGGAUCAGCAAUUCUAGAGGGCGACAACAUCAUUGUCGACGUCCCAGGGUUCACUCCUUCCGAUAUCCAGACAAUAUUUCUCGCGGGUGAUCUGUUAAUUCGUGGUGAAAGGGUUGACAAGGGAAAGAGUAGGGAGAAUGAGGUCCAAUGCCCAUCCCAGCUCAGUAAUUACAUGGAAGCAAAGAUAGAGCUCCCUGUGGGUCUCCAGGCUGAAGAGGUCCGAGUGACGUUCGAUGCUGGGCGUUUGACUGUUCAGUUUCCCGACUCGUCAGAACUUUGCAUGCCAGUCGUUGUCGAAGAGCUGGGAGAAAAUUACACGUCCACGAGCAGCGGAUAA